AUGACAGACGAUCCAUAUACCUCCACAUCACGAAUAAUGUCGUUGCUGCUUCUGCUACUACUAGCACCAUUGUUCGUAUUGAGAGGAGGUGAUGGAGAAUCAUUGAGAGGAGUUGAUGGAGAGUCGGAGGAUGAAAUCAAUUCUUCGUUCGGAGGUGGUGGUGAUGGUGAAUCGUUGAGAGGAGGUGAUGGAGAGUUGGAGGAUGAAAUCGAUUCUUCGUUCGGAAGUAGUGGUGAUGGAGAAUCGUUCAUUGGAGGCUGUGAUGAUGGAGAAUCGUUCAUGAGAGUUGGUGGUGAUGAAGAAUCGUUCAUCGGAGGUAGUGGUGAUGGAGAAUCGAUCAUCAGAGGUGGUGGUGAUGAAGAAUCGUUCAUCAGAGGUAGUGGUGAUGGAGAAUCGAUCUUCGGAGGUGAAGGUGGAGGUGGUGGUGAUGGAGAAUCGAUCAUCGGAGGUGGAGGUGGAGGUGGUGGUGAUGGAGAAUCGAUCAUCGAAAGUGGAGGUGGAGGUGGUGGUGAUGGAGAAUCGAUCAUCGGAGGUGGAGGUGGUGGUGAUGUAGAAUCGAUCAUCGGAGGUGGAGGUGGAGGUGGUGGUGAUGGAGAAUCGAUCAUCGGAGGUGGAGGUGGUGGUGAUGAUGGAGAAUCGAUCAUCGGAGGUGGAGGUGGAGGUGGUGGUGAUGGAGAAUCGUGUGGUCCGAGUCUGAAAAAACUAUCUGAAAACAGCAGAGGCAAAAACGAUGAUAAUGGCUAUAAUUCUUCUUUCCAUUUUGAAUAA